UGGCUGUGCCCAGCGUGAACAGCGGCGCGGUGAAACGUGCCGGUCCAGCUGGACCGGAUAUUCUGACCAAUCAAACAUCCAAUAUGAAUGUGAUCAUGGCCGAUCAGGUGAUUGCCGAACAGGUCCCGGUGGUGAACCCCAUGUCAUCUGUGUCAAAACGUGAUUCUGACUCCUCUGUUGUGAUCGAAAUUAUCACCACUGAUGAUCAUGGUGGAAGACCAGUUGGUAUGAGUUCGGCUGCUGAAGUGACUCCAGAACAGGUCAAACUUGAAACACUCCAAUUUUCCAUUGGACAACAAAAUCGGAUACAGCCGUUUCAAGACGACAUUGAAGUGUCCAUUUCUACUGUGGAUGCAACUGGGAGAAUAAUGUCAGAACCGGUGGUAGAUUUCCCCGAUGGUGGGACUACCCCGACUGUGAUUCCGAUCGCUGCAACCGGGACGAAUGCACCACCGAAUCCCACUUUGAUAAUUGCACCUCCCGUAUCCACUAUGUCCAACUUGUCUACAACACAAGCAGGCCAGGCGAGUUCAACCGCGGCUGGAGGAACGAAGACAAAAAGCCACAUGUACAGCGUGGUUACGUACGACGGGCUGUCCAUGUUCUCAUUGGAUGGUGAAGAGGUGGCAUUCCGGUCCAAAGUACGCUUAGACGGUCCCGUGGAAUCCUGGCUGUGCGAUGUGGAGGAACAGAUGUACAAAACACUCAGAGACAUGCUUCGGGAAUGUCGAGUUGCACUGAAGAAAGCGGCGGCGAAACGAGACAAAUUUGUGAAGGAAUGGCCCGGACAGUUGUGUAUCACAUCUAGCCAGAUUCAGUGGACAGCCGAUGUGACUAGAGCGUUACAACUGGUCGGACAAAGACAAGAUAAAAAACCACUGAAAUCUCUUCGACGUAAACAACGCAAUUUGUUGGAGAAAUUUUCCGAAAUGAUUCGUACGAAUCUGACCAAGGUACAACGAUUGAAAAUCAACGGUCUGGUCGUGAUCGAGGUCCAUCAGCGUGAUAUUAUUGAGCGAUUAUACAAAGUGGGCUGCAACGAUAUAAAUGCUUUUGAUUGGCUCAGUCAACUUCGAUUUUACUGGGACAAGGAACCGGAUGACUGUUUUGUGCGCCAAACGAACACAUGUUUCCAAUACGGCUACGAGUACCUGGGCAAUUCCGGUCGGUUAGUUAUCACUCCCCUCACAGAUCGGUGUUAUAUUACUCUGACCACCGCAUUGCACUUGCAUCGUGGAGGUUCACCGAAAGGUCCUGCGGGGACGGGGAAAACGGAAACGGUCAAAGAUUUGGGAAAAGCUUUGGGCGAUUACGUGAUUGUGGUCAAUUGUUCCGAAGGAUUGGACUAUAAAUCCAUGGGACGUAUGUUCGCUGGUUUAGCACAGACUGGUGCAUGGGGCUGUUUUGAUGAAUUCAACCGUAUUAAUAUCGAAGUGUUAUCCGUGGUCGCCCAACAAAUUCUUUCGAUACUGUCUGCACUUGCCUUGGCUGCUCAGUCGCCCAAUCCAACCGAGAAGACCCGUUUCAUGUUUGAUGGCCGGAUGCUCCAACUGGUCUGGUCCUGUGGUAUCUUCAUCACCAUGAACCCGGGUUACGCCGGUCGAACAGAAUUGCCGGACAAUUUGAAGUCCAUGUUUCGUCCAAUUGCUAUGGUCGUGCCCGAUUCGACCAUGAUUGCUGAAAUCACUCUGUUCGCAGAGGGAUUCAGUUCGACCAAGGUGAAUCCUUUGCUGCAACUAUUUGACGCCAACUUAUCAGAUGUGGAUUGUUCAAAUGUGUUUUUCUUUCUGUUUUCUCUAAAGGCCUUGGCGAAAAAAGUGUUCACAUUGUACAGUCUGACUGUUCAACAGUUGAGCAAACAAGAUCACUACGACUUUGGUCUGCGUGCUCUGGUUUCGGUGUUACGCUAUGCAGGUCGAAAAAAACGUGCAAUUCCUACUAUGCCCGAUGAAGAAGUUCUAUUAUUAUCAUUGAAUGACAUGAAUUUGGCCAAACUGACAUCAGUUGAUUUGCCCCUGUUCAAAGGUAUCAUGUCUGACCUGUUCCCAGGUAUCGAGGCUCCAGCGGUGGACUAUACAAAGAUUAAAGCUUCAGUCGAAGGAAUUUGUAAACAAAUGAAUCUGCGAAUGAUUCCAUUUACUCUGAAUAAAGUAGUUCAGUUGUACGAGACCAAGAGCUCCAGACACUCCGUGAUGAUUGUAGGCAAAACGCUCUCUGGAAAAUCGACUACUUGGCGUAUACUGCAAGCUGUGCACAAUGAGAUGGCCAAAGUGGAAGACAGCGGAUUCGAGAAAGUUUUGGAUUUCCCACUAAACCCGAAAUCGCUUUCGUUGGGCGAGUUGUACGGAGAGUUCAAUUUAUCCACAAACGAAUGGUCUGAUGGUGUCCUGUCCAGUUUGAUGCGUCAAAACUGUGCUGACGAGUCUUCCACAUUGAAGUGGAUCAUUUUUGAUGGUCCAGUCGAUACGUUGUGGAUCGAAAUUGAAGAUUUGUCCGUGGCCUCACCGGCAACCGUGUCCCGUUGCGGAAUGGUAUUCAACGACGUGAACGAUUUGGGCUGGUGGCCAUUUGUGAACUCAUGGCUUGCGGCUAAAACGGAUAAAAUGCUGGUGGAGGAGACUAGAAGAUUGUUUGAAAAAUAUGUGGAAAAGAUUCACGCGUUUGUUCGACAGAAUUGCCUCACUUUGGUCCCCCUGAGUGAGACAAAUACGGUCAUUUCGCUCUGUCGAUUAUUCGAUAGUCUGGCCACUCCGGAUGCAUGGGUGGACCCCGCGGAUCAGGACUAUUUUGCACGAUUGUUAGAAAUGACAUUCCAGUUCUGCAUGACCUGGUCCAUUUGUUGCAUUGUGGACGAGGAUGGGCGCAAGAAAAUUGACGCUUAUCUACGUGAAAUGGAAGGCAGCUAUCCGAACAAGGAUUCCAUUUACGAAUAUUUUGUUGAUCCCAAAGGAAGAAGUUGGGUGCACUGGGAAGAGAAAUUACGUAGUGGGUGGAAAUAUGCACCUAAUGAACCGUUUUACAAGAUUCUGGUACCAACAGUGGAUACUGUACGAUAUCACUUUUUGGCCACUCAAAUGGUUGAACGUCACCAACCGGUUCUGCUGAUGGGUCCGGUUGGGACAGGCAAAACCUCUUUGGCUGUGAAUAUUUUGAACAGCCUCGAUCCGCAGAGCUGGUCCAGUUUGACCAUCAAUAUGUCCGCUCAGACUACUUCAAACAAUGUACAAGAUAUUAUCGAGGGCCGAGUGGAAAAACGAACCAAAGAUACGUAUGUACCGAUGGGUGGUACAAAAAUGCUAACUUUCAUGGAUGAUUUCAAUAUGCCGGCAAAAGAUACGUUCGGAUCUCAACCACCGUUGGAGUUGAUUCGUCAGUGGAUCGAUUACGGGUUCUGGUACGAUCGAAUGAAGCAGGCCAUACGUCGCAUCACCGGAAUGCAUUUAUUGGUUGCGAUGGGUCCACCCGGAGGUGGUCGUACAGUGAUAUCCAGACGUUUGCAAUCCAAAUUCAAUCAGCUUGUGAUCACAUUCCCGACCAUUUUCCAAGGUCUACUGCGCGCCAACAAGUCCCACAUUGAGACUCGUACCUCCAUGCUACGAUUAUGGAUUCACGAAGGUUUACGCGUUUUCGGAGACCGGCUUGUGAACGACAAAGACCGUGGAGUUUACAUCGAUCUGGUGGGCGAUGCAUUGGCAACGCAUUUCGAUCAAACCUAUCACAGUCUCUGUCCGGCUCGCCAGGCGCCAAUUUUUGCUGAUUUUCUUAAUGCAGACACAAUCUACGAGGAUGUGGUCGAAUUAGAUCGAUUGCGUAAAUUUAUGACAGACACACUACACGAGUACAACGAGACUCCGGGAACUGUGGCUGUGGAUCUGGUCCUAUUUCGGGAUGCCAUUGAACACACCUGCAAACUCACACGUGUGAUCAAUCAACCUCGAGGUAAUAUGCUACUUGUGGGGAUCGGGGGUAGCGGUCGACAAAGCCUCACUCGACUGGCCGCUUAUAUUUGUGAAUUCAAAACAUUCCAGGUCGAGGUGACGAAACACUAUCGUCGACAGGAAUUUCGAGAAGGUGAGCGGCAAGUCGGACUCUCCCGUGCACAUCUGAGCCACAAUUUGAAUUCAACAAAAUAUCACAUUGUUCUUCUAUCUCAUACACGAUUCAUGCAAAAAACUGACUGA